AUGAAAUUUCAUGACGAUGCAAGUCAAUCGGAAGAUAUCAUGUCUCGGCAGUCUGUGCCGGAGAGUGAUUUGAUGGAAGAAGGACUCGGUGGACUAUUCGAGGCUGUGCCACGGCGUGUCCGCGAUGGCCGGUCAUUUUCCAGGAUCUGGGCCGACAUGGUCAGGAGAGGAAGAUUCAGAAAGCCCGUCGAAAGCGUCGAAACCAGUGUGCUGUCAGAUGAAUCUGAGGAGGAUGAGGUUCCGGGAAAGGUUAUUGUCAAGCAGAUGGCACCUCGCCAGGCUUUGGCUGUUGAUCUGAACCAAAUAUUUCGCUCAACUGGCCCUGCAGUAGAGUUUGGUACCAGACUGAGCGAGACCAAGUCUACUAAAGCUGUUAUUCGCGAGGUACUUGACAUGGAGCAAAAGCCAGUCGGUAUUCUUGGGCCUUUGCUUGAGAUUAUUCGGCGGGAUACGUUAACUCUCCUUCAGCAUUUGCGACGAGUUCUCGACGAGGUGGAAGUUGACAUUUUAGAUGACACAAAGAUGGAAGACCGGUUGGGUCUUUGGCGUCAGAUUAUCAACCGUGCUCAAAGAGAACUUCCCGAGCUCAAGGCCUCUUUGGGUCCGCUAUAUGAAUUCAUGGUCGAGGUUGAUCCACCGACCACCUCACCGGGGCGAUUAGCCGAGCUAGGCACUAGCACUCGGAAAUACCAGCUUCUACCGAAUGAUAUUGAUCAGAUGAUUGAGCGACUGAAAGCCACAUCUGCUUCACUAACAUCAAAUAUGGGUCUGCUGGAGAGUCGCCGAUCGAUCGAUGAGGCCCAUGCGGUGACGAGACUCACCGAGCUUGCAUUUAUCUUCAUCCCUCUAUCAUUCUCCACGUCCGUUUUCGGCAUGCAGAUUGAACCUUUCACCAACCCCGUCCCCAUCUGGAAUUUCUUCGUCGUAGCCAUCUCCGUGACUGCAUUUUCCUAUUUGAUGAGAAUGACCAUGCGAAGCCAGUGGGUCUCUCGUCUCAAGACCGUAGUCAAAUACGAUGUUCGAAAAUAUGCAGAAAAGCACGGUCAGCCUGUGCAAUCUCGAUCCCUACCCAUGUUCCUUAUCUUUCAGUGGUUCGCAAACCUGCUUGGUUCAAGUGUCAUCACCGGGGUGAAAUGGACGCUCUCGCAAUGCGUUUGGCUAGGACAGAAAUUAUGGCUUUUGUUCGGCUUUGCCGUCCAAUUCGUUCUAGUGAUCGGUGUUGUCUCAGGAAUACCGAUUGCGGUGGUUUGUUCACGGGACCUGGAAGCUGGCAUCAAGCUCCCUGUCAGCCUUGCGAUGGUUGUGCUUGCAUUUUUCUUCGCGGGUGUUCCCUUUUGGCUAAAGUCUGACUCUGAAUUUCGCGAUGCUUUGCCGACCUUAUUUUUGGAGGGUAUUUCGAAUAUACCUGGGUGGGUUUUCUCGAUACUCAUGGUACUCGUUGGGAUAACGAUCCUUGUCGGGGUUCCUUUGAUUCUUAUUUGGACGCGCUCCCUUGAUGUUGGUAUCAAGGGCGGGCUAACCGCAGGAAUUUUGAUUAUGGUGAUCCUUACGCUGGGAGCAUUUGGGGUUUCGAUGAUCGGAGGGACCCGAAACAGCCGGACACGAAUACCUGCAGUAAGCCGUCGAUAUUAG